AUGCUCGCCCAUCUCGCCCAGGCUUCGCGUCGACCGACCCGGUCAUGGAUCUCUGCCCUCGCCCCGCGGCGGCACUACGCCGCGGGUCCCGACAGCGCCGACCCGUUCAAAGAGGGUCCCAGCUACGCGCUCUGGCUGCGCACGGAGGGCGUGAAGUACAAGGAACCCCACCGGCCUAACAACUGGCUCGGGGGCGAACCGUUCCCCCUGAACCCGACUUUCAAGCCGCCGACUCCCAUUUCGGACACUGUCCGGGGGGCGAUCUGGAAUGAAUACAUGCGCGACCCGGAGAAGUUCAACGUGCGCGUCCUAGCGCAGCGGCACGGACUGAGCAUCGCGCGUGUGGACGCGAUCCUGCGGUUGAAGGGGCUCGAGGAGCAAUGGCGAAAGGAGAAAAAGCAACUCCAGACCGGCUUCCUGCAUGGCAUGGAGUAUGUUCUUGGCGUCACUGACAAGGAAUCGUCGGCGAGACAUCUUCGUUCCGGCGCACAAGAACUGGGUGAAGAUGCUGUCGAGGCCGACGCGCUCUCCGAGAGUACCAAGGCGUUGGCGCGUGACCGUUACCAACGGUUGUUCUGGGAGCCCGUAAAGGAAGGACAGACACCCAUAGUGCCCACCGCACUGGUGCGCGCCGCCGAGGACGCCGUAAAGCUCGAUGCGAGGCGAGAUGCUGCGAAGCUCAAGAAGCUUCGCGGUAUCAGCACUGAGACCGCGCCUGAGCACGUCGUUGAGCGUGCUGGUCGCCCCACUAUGCGCUUCGUCGACGUCGGUGUGAAGUUCCUGGACGUCGACGACCGACUGAAGCGUGUCAAUGCUGCGAAGCGACGCUCGCUGAUGAAACGCCGGCGGAGAACCCCCGAUAUUACGGAACAGGGUCAGCAAAGCGAGGCUGGCGAAGCCUCUAGCGCCUCUGCUUAGCCCUCAUCUCACGGACCUUUACUUUACACAUCUGGAAUUUAAUCACCCACCGUUUCCCCUAGGAUACAUGGCGAUCGGC